GGCUCCGGUGCUCGCACCGGCCGUUGCCGCCGCCGUUGCCGCCGCCGUUGCCGCAGUCGUUGCCGCCGCCAUGGCCGGUAUCGGAGCCCGGUGGAUGCCGCUGGUGCUGUGUCUGGCUGUCACCGUGUCACCGGCACGCACCGGGGAGCAGCUACACGUCUGCAAGGAGUCCGAGUACCACUACGAGUACACAGCAUGUGACAGCUCAGGCUCGCGCUGGAGGGUGGCUGUGCCACACACGCCUGGACUCUGCACCGGCCUGCCCGACCCCGUCAGGGGCACUGCGUGCUCAUUCUCCUGCAAGGCGGGUGAGUUCCUGGAGAUGCAGGCACAGAUGUGCCGGCCCUGCGCUGCGGGCACUUACUCACUGGGCACUGGCGUCCGCUUCGAUGAGUGGGACGAGGUGCCCCAUGGCUUCGCCAACGUGGCCACCAACCUGGAGGUGGAUGACGGCUUUGGCGAUGCGGCAGGGAACUGCACAGCGUCAACAUGGGUGCCACUGGGGGACUACGUGGCCUCCAACACGGAUGAAUGCACGGCCACCCUCAUGUAUGCUGUGAGCCUCAAGCAGUCGGGGACUGUCACCUUCGAGUACAUCUACCCUGACAGCAGCAUCGUCUUCGAGUUCUUCGUGCAGAAUGACCAGUGCCAGCCCACGGUGGAGGAGUCCCGUUGGAUGCGGACGACAGAGAAAGGCUGGGAAUUCCACAGCGUGGAGCUGAGUCGCGGGAACAACGUGCUGUACUGGCGGACCACCGCCUUCUCCGUCUGGUCCAAGGUGCCUAAACCGGUGCUGGUGAGGAACAUCGGCAUUACAGGGGUGGCCUUCACCUCCGAGUGCUUCCCCUGCAAACCCGGCACCUUCGCCCCCACCGCCGGCUCAACCGCCUGCCAGCCCUGUCCCGCCGACACCUUCUCUGGCAAAGGGGCCACCGCCUGCCAGCCCUGUGACCCCGAUACCUACGCCGAGCCCGGCUCGGGGUCCUGCAAGCCCCGCCCCCCCUGCACGGACAAGGAUUUCUUCUACACCCACACGGCCUGUGACGCCGGCGGGGAGACCCAGCUGAUGUACAAGUGGGCAGAGCCGAAGAUCUGCAGUGAGGAGCUGCCGCAGGCGGCCCGGCUGCCACCCUCGGGAGUCAAGACCCGGUGCCCACCCUGCAACCCUGGCUUUGCCAAAGGCAAUGGCAGCACCUGCCAGCCCUGUCCCUAUGGCUCCUACUCCAACGGCUCCGCCUGCCUCAGCUGCCCAGCGGGCACUGAGCCGGCGCUGGGCUUGGAGUACAAGUGGUGGAACGUGCUGCCCCCCAACAUGGAGACCACUGUGCUCAGCGGCAUCAACUUCGAGUACAAGGGCAUCGCAGGCUGGGAGGUAGCCGGGGACUACAUUUACACGGCAGCUGGAGCGUCUGACAGCGACUUCAUGAUCCUCACGCUGGUGGUCCCUGGCUUCAGCCCUCCGAGCCCAGUGCUGGAGGACACAGAGAGCAGGGAGGUGGCCAGGAUCACCUUCGUCUUUGAGACGCUGUGCAGCGUUGGCUGUGAACUCUACUUUAUGGUGGGUGUCAACUCCCGCACCAACACUCCGGUGGAGACGUGGACAGGCUCCACAGGGAAACAAUCCUACACCUACGUGGUGGAGAAGAACGCGACCAUGAGCUUCACCUGGGCCUUCCAGCGCACCCCCUACCAUGAAGCGGGCCGGCGGUUCACCAGUGAUGUGGCCAAGCUGUACAGUGUCAACGUCACCAACGUGCAGGGGGGGGUGGCCUCCUUCUGCCGCCCCUGUGCCCCCCAGCCCGCUGGGUCCUGCACCCCAUGUUCCCCUGGCAGUGCUGUGGACCCCGGCUCAGGCACCUGCCAGCCCUGCCCGCCUGGCACCUACCUGCGGGGUCACCCCUCCGACGGGACACCCACCUGCCAGCCCUGCGGCCCUGGCACACACAGCAAUCAGCUGCGGUCGCUAUGCUACAACAACUGCAGUCUGGCACUGGCGCUGCCAGGCCAGAUGCUGCACUUUGAGUUCCCGGCUCUGGGCAUGGGUGCUGGGGUGGGCACCGGGCCCAGCUUCACCCCCAAGGGGCUGCGCUACAGCCACCACUUCCGCCUCAGCCCCUGCGGGCACCAGGGCAGGAAGAUGGCCUCGUGUGCUGACAAUGUGACGGCUGGUCGGGGGGACGCUGCCCGUGUGGUCACCUCUUACGUGUGCCAGAGCAUUCUGGUGCCCCCUGACAUCACCGGUGCCCGCACAGCUGUGUCUUCUCAGCCUGUCAGCCUGGGCGACCGCCUGCUGGGUGUCACCACCAGCUCCGUGCUGGACGGCAUUGUGUCUCCCCCAGAGCUCUUCCCCCCCAGCCACCCUGACCUGCCUGACAUCAUCUUCUUCUUCAGGUCCAACGACAUGACACAGCCCUGCAGUGGUGGCCGGGCCACCACCAUCCGCCUGCGCUGUGACCCCCUGCGCCUUGGCACUGGCACCCUGGCUGUCCCCAGCAAAUGCCCUGAGGGCACCUGCGACGGCUGCACCUUCCAUUUCCUGUGGGUGACGGCCGAGGGAUGCCCCCGCUGCUCCAGCUUCCACCACCGCCCCAUCGUCGGCGCCUGUAUCGGCGGCGUUCAGAAAACCACCUACGUGUGGCGGGAGCCCCGGCUGUGCCACGGCGGGGACGCGCUGCCGCCACAGGUGAUCCAGGCGUGCCGGAGCGUGGAUUUUUCUAAACUGGGAAUUUCCACUGGGACAUGCAUGGCUGUCUUGCUGGCCGCGCUCGCCGCUUAUUUCUGGAAAAAGACUCAAAAGUUGGAAUACAAAUAUUCCAAGCUGGUGAACGCGGCGGCCCGGGAGAGCGAGGCGACGUCUCCCGACAGCUGCGCCAUCAUGGAGGGGGAGGACGCGGAGGACGAGCUGCUCUUUGCCACCGAAAUGUCUUUUGGAAAACUUAAAGCCCUGACGGCCAAGCGGAUGCCGGAUGGAUUCGACUCGGUCCCGCUCAAGACCUCAUCCAGCAGCACCGAUCGGGAGCUGUAAGAGGACGGGGGACACACUCGCAUCCCCCAGCCCUCCCGGGAGCUGUGACGGGGCAGGGGGCACCCACAGACGCCCUGCCCCCAGGCAGCUGUGAAGGGAAGGCGGGGUACCCACGACCCACCCCCCGUCCCCCUCAAAGUGGCCUUAGGGACCCGCUUCGGACCGGAGCUUCGUUACGGCUUUUGUACGUGUGGCCCCACCCGUGCCCCCCCCGUGUCCUCCCCAUACCGAGCACCCCAAAAAUACCAAAUACAGGAGUGGGGUUUGUACAAGGGCUUCGUGUGUGUGG